AUGGGAAAUAAAGUAAUAACACACGGUGCAGCUGCACGUGAAGAAAUGUUAAAAGGGGUGGAUCUUGUAGUUAAGACUGUAAAAGUUACGCUAGGUCCAAAAGGCAGGAAUAUUGCUAUUGAACAACCUCACGGCGGCCCAAGAGUCACUAAAGAUGGAGUGACUGUGG